CCUUCCAUCAUCAUGCUUACCCUAAUAGGGUUUUUUUUUGAUUGUAAUCGUGUAAAUGGUUACAUACCAUAACCAUGUGAUUAGAUCUAUUUAAUACACAAUAUGCGAUUUAAUGGAAAAAUUUUUUCUUUUUAACCUACACAAUUAUGUCUACGCAUAAGCGAAAAUCGGAAGAGUGGGAUAUCAUCGGAUUUCUAAACGAAUGCCAUCUGGAAACGAAGCAGCAAUUGAUAGAGUGCUACCUUUUGUCUCUUGAGGAGAUCAUUUUUAUUAAGAAUGUAGAGAAUAAGUGGUAUGGUGGAGAUCUUCAAAUUCUCUAUCAUUCAAGUCUUCGAGUUGAACCACAAAACACUAGAUCUUCUGUAUCAGAGAAAAGAAAAUUUCCAGAAAUCAAUGAGUCAGAUCCUACAGAAAUUGAGAAGUCGAAUGCUACUUCUGAAGACAAUGAAGAUGUUAAUGGAAACAAUAUCAUUAAUGACGAACAAGUAUUGGAUAAGAAAGGAUUGAAGAAGGUAGCUAAAACCGUAAUACAUCAUAGUAUUUGUGAUGCUAUAAAUAAGAUUCAAAAGAUUUUGACGACUUCAAAUAAAGUUGAAGAUGAAAACCCUUUCCUUAAUUCCCACCUACUAAAAUCACCAACUGCCGAUAAUAUUGUUCAAGAUGGAGAUUAUAAACAUCCAGACGUCUGUUACAUCAGGACCCCGCUUACUUCUAAUAUAGGUGUCCAAAAAUCUGUGGUAAAAUUUAUAGUAAAAUUAAAUUUUAGGUCUCUUAAUAGUUAA